AGUAGGGGACAGUAAGAUGGCUCUCCUGCGCUGUCGGAGAGACCCCUGCGGGUUUAUCUGUCUCAUUCUGACUUAUUUUAGCGUAUUUUAUGCUGACUACGUUGUUAUCCAGUAUGUUCUGAUCCCAGCUUACUCUGGAAGUGUAUGGUGCACACUUCAUGGAUCUGUCUUUAAUGUAAUAUUACUGCUGCUUCUGGCCUGUCAUUCAAAAGCUGUGUUCUCAGACCCAGGUAUGGUUCCUCUUCCUGAGACAGCCAUUGAUUUCUCAGACUUGAGGUCUCAGUCCAGCCGUGUGAAUGACAGGGGGUGUGAAGGCUGGACUGUGUGCAGUCGUUGUGAAACUUAUCGUCCUCCUCGUGCACAUCACUGCCGAGUGUGUCAGCGCUGCAUCAGACGCAUGGAUCACCACUGCCCGUGGAUCAAUAAUUGUGUUGGAGAGCUCAACCAGAAGUACUUCAUCCAAUUUCUCUUCUAUACUGGCAUGGCCAGCCUAUACUCUAUGGCUUUGGUGGUGUCAGCGUGGGUAUGGCGGAUACGGAGUGAAAGAGAUGGAGAUGGAGAAAAAGGAGAGGAUGUUCCCAGCAAGCAUCUGAUAGUGGCACAUUACAUCAUCCUAUUAGUGGAGUCCAUUCUGUUUGGUGUUUUUGUUGUGGUGAUAUUUUAUGACCAGCUGGUGUCCAUUAUAACAGAUGAGACACCCAUUGAGCAGAUGAGAAACAGACUGAUGAAGGACCGACCCAACAGCGGACAGUCAGUCCACACGACACAGACCAGAAAACCUAAAGUCGCAUUGCUGAGGGAGGUGUUUGGAAGAGGCUCUGUGCUGUGUUGGCUAUUACCGUUCCAGUCCUCUCCCCCAUCUGCUGGAGGAAUCAGUUACUCACCUGUUCCUGAUUAUGACGUGUAAAGAUGGACAUCAGCAUUACUUUACAGUCUGGAUGAAGGAAGGAUGAGUGUGUUUAUAAAGUGUAGCACUGUUAUGCAGUAGCUUUUAAUUUGUGUACACACUCAUACACAGUGUUGUCAAGUGACAAGCGCGAUUAAGUGAGACAUUACAUUUUCUUUCUUACAGCUAUAUAGCUGUUUUUCUGUCAUCCUGGCCUCAGUUGUUUACUUUUGCAAAUAUAAUAAACGGAGGAAUAGGGAUGCUCAGUUGAAUAUUAACAUAUUGAAUAAAUUAUAGAUAAUUGUGUAACUAAUCUAGGCAGGCUGUAAUUUUAUUAGCUACUGUAAAAUCUGUUCCACUGUCAUGUUUGGUACAUAUGAGUCCUUCUGUUUAAUGCAUGAAAAAUGUAUCAAUUUCUUCACAUUUAUUUUUGCAAAUGCAAACACUAUAAUAUACUUGAAUAUAGAUCCUGAGAAGGUUUCUGAAGUUUCUCAGUGAGCUGUAUCGCUGUUGAAAUACAGUAGAACAUGAAGCAGCAGUAUCUCUAACACCAACACUGUGUUAAUGAAAUCAGAGCCAGUCAUGUAGUUGAACAAAGUUGCUGUUACUUGGGGGGCUUUUGAUUAAAACAAUAUUAAGAGACUUACUAAACAUUACUGACGUUUGACUUGCACUGAACUUUUUUUCUUUCCCCAUUUGAAUGUUCAUUUUUAUUUUAUUUAUUUAUCAUUCAUUCAGUGAUUGUUAGUCAUUUGGUUUUGAGUCUAUAGGUGUUUUUAUUAAAUGUAUAUAAAUGUAUUUUAUAGCAUUUGAUGCAGGAAAAUGUUGGAGCUCUUUCAGGAUACUGGGUUCAGUUAUUCAAGUGCUUUUUUUGUGUGUGUAAUUUUUAAUACAUUUGUUUGGUUGUUUUGACAGAUUGAAGGAUGGGUACAUGGCUAAUGUAAGAUGUUUACACUGAUAUUUAUUGUACUUUAACUGUCUAAAUGCUGCUUAAUUAAAGAUGACC